AUGUCCUUCCUCCACGACGCCCUCUUCUCCCGCCGGUACCACCAUGCCUCCAAGGACGAGCAGACGGACACGCGCGGGCUGAGGCGUGCUAGCGGCAAUGCCGGCCUGCUCUCGCCGCUGGCCAAGCUGGUUCGGGACCCGGCGGGGACAAUCGAGGAUUUUGUCGGCGCUCUCGGCGGCCAGGAAUGCCAAAAUCUCCCGGAGCUGGAGGACGGGAGCCGGAAGCAGAUUCUGUACCUGCGCCUGCAGAACGCCGAAAACUACACCGAUUGGCACGCCGCAGCCUCGGAAAUAGACGAUUUGGAAGGAAAUAACGAUUGGAAGCACGAGCACGAGUCGUCCGAAUACAACUACGAGCUGGUAGAGGCCCGGCUCAAGCAGCUCGACGACGCACGAAUCAGCUGUGACGUCCAGCGCAUGCUCUUCCUCAUUCGGACCUCCCUGACUCGCGGCCUCGGAGGCAUGGGUGACUUGCGCUUGUACAAGCACUCCCACGUCGGAACCAAGGCUCUGAUCGAGCGCUACAUAGAGUCCGCCAAGCAGACUCUCACUGCGUUGCUGGAUAUCUCGUCCAAACAGGGAGACAGCGGCCUCGACCCACGCUACGUAUUGGAGCAGCUCCUGGCCACCCGGCAAUCAUUUGGGCGCAGCGCCCUGCUUCUCUCCGGAGGAGGUACAUUUGGCAUGAACCACAUUGGCGUAAUCAAAUCACUCUGGGAAACCGAUCUGCUUCCCAGAAUCAUUUCCGGAGCUUCUGCCGGUAGCAUUGUCUGCGCAGUGCUCUGCACACGCACGGACACCGAGAUGCCACAGGUGCUAGACGAGUUCUGUUAUGGCGAUCUGGACGUCUUCGAAAAACCGGGCGACCGCGGCCUCUUGACAAAAGCUGCCCGGUUCCUGAAGUAUGGUGCUGUCUUUGACAUUUCGCACCUGAUUCAAGUCAUGCGGAAUAUGCUCGGCGACAUGACCUUUCAGGAAGCCUACAACCGGACUCGGAGGAUCCUCAACAUCACAGUUUCAAGCGCGAGUGCCUUUGAUUUGCCCAGGCUGCUCAAUUACAUCACGGCGCCGAAUGUCAUUAUCUGGUCUGCAGUCGCUGCUUCGUGUUCCGUACCAUUGGUCUUCUCCGCAGCCCAGCUCAUGGCCAAGGAUCCUACCACCGGCCAGCAAAUCCCUUGGGAUCCUUCGCCCCAGCGGUGGAUCGACGGGUCUGUCGACAACGACCUCCCGAUUACGCGUCUCGCCGAAAUGUUCAAUGUCAACCACUUUAUCGUAUCCCAAGUCAACCCUCACGUCGUGCCAUUCUUGGAAAAGGAGGAGGGUGUUCCGUUUCCGGAAGCCCAAACCAACGCCUCGGCUUUCGCAGCCGGCCCCGGAUGGCUGCACAGUAUGGCUAAUCUGGCAAAGGGAGAGGCCCAACACAGAUUGCACGUUAUUGCUGAACUCGGCUUCUUCCCCAACUACUGCACCAAGGCCAGGUCCAUCCUCAGUCAACGUUACUCCGGAGACAUCACAAUCUUUCCGGCCAUCUCCUACUCGCAGUUCCCGAGGAUCCUGAGUAACCCCACACCGGAGUUCAUGAAACAGGCAAUGAUUUGCGGCGAGAGAGCCACUUGGCCCAAAAUGAGUAGGAUAAUAAACCACUGCGCCAUCGAGCUUGCUCUCGAUGACGCCGUGCGUCAGCUGAGAGCACGCGUGGUAUUCAGCCCUAGCGAAGUCGAUCUGCGCAAGAAUUUGACAACCCGACCGUCCUCCGUCCAUUCCGAAUCAGGUCGCGGCAGAGGCAGGACUUUGCGAUGUCGCCAGGAUUUGACACGCAGCAUCAACGAUUUGGACCAAGCAGCCCGCCAUGGGCGUCCAACCAGCCUACACCUGGACGUGCCUGUAAAGUACCGUACCCGGUCAAGGCCGGAAUUGCGGACCGCUGCGGCUCCUCGCGCAAGCGAUUCGGCGCUGCUUCAGGUCCCGACGCAGGAUAUCCUCUCGUCUGCCACUGAAGAAGACCUUAUUUCGACGGAUAGCGAAGACGACAAUGCCUCUCUCUCCUCGCUCGACUCUCCUCCAGACGACGAUCAAGACGAAUGGCCACCAUAUCUUUUCCCAUCGAUCUCGCAACCGGCAACACCAAACCACAGCUCUCGGUCGUUACGCAGUACCUCGGCCACACAACUCGCCAUGACCAAAACGCCCAGCGCCGUCACGCAGCCCAGUUCGCCAGAACGGAUUUACAAGCGUUUGUUCCAUGCGCCGCAGAAGACGACGCAGUCGACGAAGACGCCUGAGAGUCCCCAGUCGGGGUCCAACAAGCCCAAUGAGGGCAGACGGCGAGAGAGCCACUCGGGGCUGCACACCGACAUCAGCGGCACAAGGGGAAUGCUCCUGCGCCGCAAGAAAAGCUUUGGCUCCUUGCUUCCGAGCCGUCUACAAAGAAAGAGCAAGAAGACCACCGAAACGCUUGAUUACCCAACCGAAAGCGACCUUUCAUAA